AUGCAGCUCACCUUCGAUGGUGUAGCUUGUGUUGGGGUAAUAUUAAGUGCGAUUGUUUGGGCUUACCUUCGUAAAUCAGAUAAUCGCCUUCCUCUCCCACCUUCUCCUCCCACAUGGAGACUUCGGGGACACCUCCUGCCCCCUCGCCUCCCAUGCCUUACUGUAGCGCGGUGGAUCGACGAGUAUGGCCCUCUGAUCACUAUUCGCUCAGGAAUGCAGAACAUCGUGAUUAUCGGCCGCCACAAAGCUGCAGUGGACAUAAUGGAGAAGCAGGGCAGAGUACUAGCUGAUCGACCUCGCCUCGUUUCUGCUGGAGAAAUUCUUACACGCGGAUUAACCAUCGGUUUCUCACACGUUGGAGACAGGCUUCGUCGUAUGCGUAGAGCACUUCAUACGCAUCUCCAGCCCAAAUCAGCCAAAAAUUAUCAGCCCCUGCAAAUGUCACAAGCGAAAAACAUGAUCCUCAACAUUCUUGACGAUCCACACAACUUUCAGAACCAUGCAAUAACGUAA